CAUAAACAUAGGAUGUAUAUGUAUUGUAUCAAAAUAUGGCCAAAUGGCCCAUAUGAACGAGAGAUCAAUAUGAUUAAGCCCAACCCAAAUUAAGCCCGUCUCUCUCUGGGUUUCGAGCUGUUUAUCUCAUUUCCCGGAGCACAAAAUGGUAUAGUUUUAUUACUUCUUUUCUUGGAUUCGGAGAUUGACUUAUUUUGUGCUCCUACUACAAGGCCAAGCACACCCUGUCGCCACCCCACCUACCUACUACUGCUUACUGCUUACUGCUCGCCACUCCACCAAUUCCUCCGCCGCCUUCUUUUUUACUCCCGGCAUCCCUUUUAGGUUAAACAAUCAUUACUCGCCCAUUCCGAACCAAACUUUCACACCCACACCCACUGCAUCAAACUUAAAGGGAUGGCUCAGUUACAGACAUCUUCGUCGUGCCAAUCUACUUUUUUCCAUGUUUGUAAAGGAGGAUGGGGGGCUGCUGAGUGUUUCCUGUUUUCAGUUCAUUUGCUAUGCCAGAUACGGGUGAAGUGAGUGAUUUUCAUGGUCAUGCAAUCGUUCAAAAGAGAGGUAACUCUGCUAUCUAAGCCAAUUGGUGGUGGAAAAGGGCAAUGACUUCCAGUGGCGUGGAUGGAAAAGUUUUGCGGAAAAAAUUGAACAAAGUUGUACUGGCCUACAGUGGUGGUUUAGAUACCUCUGUGAUUGUUCCUUGGCUUAGGGAGAACUAUGGCUGCGAGGUUGUCUGCUUCACUGCAGAUGUUGGUCAAGGUGUUCAAGAGUUGGAAGGUUUGGAGCAAAAGGCUAAGGCUAGCGGAGCAUGUCAACUAGUGGUGAAGGAUCUGAAGGAGGAAUUUGUAAGAGAUUUUGUAUUUCCGUGCUUGCGGGCUGGUGCUAUCUAUGAGAGAAAGUACUUACUUGGUACUUCUAUGGCUCGUCCAGUCAUUGCAAAGGCCAUGGUUGAUGUUGCAAAAGAGGUUGGAGCUGAUGCAGUUUCCCAUGGAUGUACAGGGAAAGGAAAUGACCAGGUCCGGUUUGAGCUGACUUUCUUCGCCCUGAAUCCCCAACUCACUGUUGUUGCUCCUUGGAGGGAAUGGGAAAUAACGGGAAGAGAAGAUGCAAUUGAAUAUGCUAUAAAACAUAAUGUGCAUGUUCCUGUGACAAAGAAAUCCAUCUAUAGUAGAGAUAGGAAUCUUUGGCAUCUGAGUCAUGAGGGGGAUGUCUUGGAGGAUCCAGCAAGUGAGCCAAAGGAGGACAUGUACAUGAUGACUGUUGACCCUAAAGAGGCACCUGAUGAACCUGAGUAUGUGAAAAUUGGUAUAGUCGAAGGCCUCCCUGUUUCAAUAAAUGGAAAUAAACUCUCUCCUGCAUCUCUAGUCUCAGAACUUAAUAAGAUUGGUGGGAAGCAUGGAAUUGGUCGUGUGGAUAUGGUUGAAAAUCGGCUCGUUGGAAUGAAAAGCCGUGGGGUGUAUGAAACUCCUGGUGGUACCAUCCUCUUCACUGCAGUGAGUGAACUUGAGUCUCUAACACUUGAUCGUGAAACAAUCCAAAUCAAGGAUUUUCUCGCACUGAAGUAUGCUGAGUUAGUAUAUGCUGGCCGGUGGUUCGACCCACUUCGUGAGUCAAUGGAUGCUUUCAUGAAGGAAAUCACAAAGACUAGUACUGGAUCUGUGACUCUGAAACUCUAUAAAGGAUCUGUCAGUGUAACAGGCAGGGAAAGUCCCAACAGUCUGUACAGGCAAGACAUCUCCUCAUUCGAGAGUGGGGAAAUCUACAACCAAGCAGAUGCUGCUGGUUUUAUCCGGCUGUAUGGAUUGCCUAUGAGGGUGCGUGCUAUGCUUGAGAAAGGCCUCUGAGUGUCGAUGAUCUAUAUUCUGUACGUUUCGCUAUUUGACUGAAUAAGAGUGAUUGAAGUUCAACUUCUGUACCUCUCCCAUUUGUGCUAGUUAAGGUUUUACGGGCACUUUGACAUGUUUCAAUAUCUUCAACUUCAUCUGCUACGAAAAUCUUUAUACUCCUACCUAUGCCGUGAAAGCAAUGACUCUGGUCUCUGGGUAUCAGUAAU